AUGGAUAUCAACGAAGAUACCAUUCCCGAGCUUCAGCCCAUCUUCACUUUCCUGAACAGCCAUGCGAAUAAGCUGUACCAGGAGGGCUACUUUCUCAAGUUGGACGACCAAAACACACAGGGCAAGCCCAAUCCCGACCGCACCUGGACUGAGUGCUUCGCUCAGCUUGUCGGAACCGUAUUGUCGCUAUGGGACGCAGCAGAACUCGAUGCUGCUGGCGAGGACGGCGAGAUCCUCCCAAAAUUCAUCAACUUGACUGACGCUUCGAUCAAAAUGAUCGAAUCCCUACCAACACGAUCGAAUGACGAACAGCCGCUGCAGAAUAUCCUCAGCGUCUCAACUGCCGGCAGGAACCGUUAUCUGCUGCACUUCAACUCCCACCAUUCAUUAAUACAAUGGACUGCUGGCAUCAGGCUCGCUAUGUACGAGCACUCGACGCUGCAGGAGGCUUACACCGGUGCCUUGAUCGCCGGCAAGGGCAAGUCUCUCAACAACAUUAACCUCAUCAUGGAUAGACAAAAGUUCAAGACCGAGGAAUGGGUGCGUGUGCGCUUCGGCGCCGGAGUUCCUUGGAGACGGUGCUGGUGUGUCAUUUCUCCCCCCGACGAGAAGGAGUACGCAAAGGCACAGAAGGAGAUGCGCAAAAAGUCGCCUUACGAUCGUUCCACGCCGAUUCUCAAGGGAGACAUCAAGUUCUACGAUACCAAGAAGGACGGCAAGAAGCAAAAGAAGGCUCGCCCCAUCGCCACCAUUACUGAUGCCUACUCUUCCUACGCCAUCUACCCGCAGGCCAAGUCGCUGAUUGAUGCAUCAACGCUCCUUAAGAUUGAGGGAAACAUCACCAUCCACUCUGACCCGCCGUCGUCCACCGAGGGCUUCGUCUUCAUCAUGCCCGAAACUCACCCUGCCGUCAGCGGCUUCGAGAUGCUGCUGCGCUUCCUCUUCCCUACCUGGGACACCUUCUGCCUCUAUGGUCGCCCCGGCAGACUCGUGGCCAGUGUCCUCGACCCGAGGUCGCUGAUGUUCGCCAUGCCGAAGCACCGCAGAUACGGUUACCUCGAGAUUCUUGACGUCACUGGACUGAUUUUGGAAGAAGGCAGCUCAAGCUGGUCGGAACGUGAUUGGAGAAAGAAGCUCAAGGAGCUUACGGGUAAGCGAAUGAAUGCGGUGGAUGAGUCCCAAGCCAUGCGUCAAAGAAGUGGAAGCAAGAAGAGCAACCGUCUUAGCUUCGGCAAUGGCACCUCCAGCCCAGUGCCAGCCAAGCCUAGAGUCGGCUUUGCCUCUGAUGCCAUUUCAAACCGGUCUUCUCGAUCCAUGUCACUGGGCACCCCCAACCGCUCAGAGAGUACGCCUGUCACGACUUCUCGUGCACCUCCCUCAUUGGCUGGUAUCAUGAACAAGGCCAAUCAUGCACGCAAUUCUUCAGAUCCUCACUUGCUUGGUCACACACCCCAGCGCCCGGAGGACCGUGGCUACGACAGCUCAUACAGCAACUCCUACAACAACUCACCUGCACGUUCGCCAGCCAGAGGCCCCUCACCAGCACGUGACCCGCCUCCUGCGAGAGGUAUCCUUCGCUCAGGAACCCAGAGUUCUGAGGAAGACACAGCUCGGAGCACACCGGUGCGAGAGAUCGAGGGAACCGUGCGCCAGAUGGAGUCGCCAGAGCCUGUUGCCGCUCCUCCUGCAUUCAACUACGGUCCUAACUCCAAGCCUGCGGGCAAGCCUUACCACUCUCCAGAUCUUCGCAGGGCUACUACUCGAUUGUCAAACACUACCCUUUCCCAGUUGACAAAGGCAGGAGGAUUCGUGAUUCCCCCCGACAGCCCAUCUGAUGCGUCGUCUGAGCGGAGGAGUGGGGAGGAUGCUGCGCCAUCUGGUCCUUUGGUACAUCCUCAAGCUUAUCCCGACCACCACGUAGGAGGCACUGCUAACGAUACUAUGUCUCGUGAAGCUCUGACCCCUAACCAAACCCCCCCUCCCUCCGGUGGUCUCCCGCCCCCUAUUCCGCCCAUGAACCAGAAGCGUUCCCGAUCGCCCCUUGCCCAGCAGUCGUUCGGCCCCCCUAGUCCUCAUCCUCAGGGCCCCUUGCCUCCUAACCCUCAAAGUCGAGGCCCUCAAGAUGCGAGACCCCCUCCUCCUCCUGAACACUUGGAAGGCCUUGAGCAGAUGAGAAGCCCAGUCGAUGGACACCCCCCUCAGAUCCGUCCUCAGCCGUCAUUCAGCAACUUUUCGCGACCCGAUGGAACAAGAACUCCCCCCUUGGGUGGACCAGGCCGAGUGCCUACUCCGGAAAUGCGAAACCGCGGCAUAAACCCUCAGGCGAUGGGACCACCGCCACCUCCGCACGGUAGAGAUCCUCGGGCUCAGGGCCGCGGUGUCCCGCUUCCCGGAAUCGACACGAACCCUGCCUUCCAGCGCAAACCGUUGCCGGCUCGAUCGGACAGCCUGAGAAGCCCUCAGCAACAGACCCCCAUCUCGGCCUCCAGCGGUGGCAGUUGGGGCAACAACAUUAUCGAUCAAGCGGGAUUCCAGCAAAUCCAACCUCGCGAUCCCAGACAGCGGACACCGGUUCCCGAGCAGCAGAUCAACAGGGCUCAGACGCAGAGGAGUGACGCCAGCUAUUACGACGACGCAUCGUCAACUGCGAGCCCAGACUACGCUAGCCGCAAGUCGAGUGAGACACAGCGUUCUCAAAAGUCUUUUGAGCGGCCCAGAGCAGGUGUUUUGAAGACUGUGGGUGGCGCCGAUUCUGACAAUGGGGAGUUCGCCAUUCCUGAUGUGAACUUUGGGCCUACCGUCAACUACGGAGCCAAUCAACCCGCAAGAAACAAGACACCUACGCCCAUGACCUAUCAAGCCAUGCCCGGCCCUCAACGACCUUUCUCCCCAGCGGCGCUGAAGUCUCCUACCGGCAAUGACACCAGCCAUAACCGUCAAGAGUCUGAGGAUACGGUCAGGAAGGUUGCUUGGCAACCUGGCGCCGCCGCUGUUCCUAGCGGCCCAGGCAUGAGCGCUGAGCAGUUUGUCCAGCAGCGUGCUGCCCAGCCGGCUGCUCCCAUGUACGCCCAUAACAGGACGCCCUCUGGCAACAUCCUCACUAUGCGAUCGAUGACCCCAACUCCCGCCAUGACCCGAAGCGGCUCUCAAGAGAUGCUCGCUCGUCACUCUCGCAGCAGCUCGGCAGAUCUUCUGCAGCGUCCCGGCUCCCGCGGCGCCAACGCCGUUCUCGACAUGACUAGCAGUGGUGAGGUGUCAUCUCACCUGUCGGCUCGCGAACAGGAGCACGUCGCCCGCAUGACGGGCUCGCCGCUCAUCACGAUGGCUGGCAACCGUAAUGCGAACCAGCAGCAGCAGGGAGCUGGCUUAGUCGGCGCCAUUCACGCCCGUGAGCAGGAGAGACAGCGGGCCAAGCAGGGCAUGAACACGCAGGCGGUGCAGCAAGCCAUCAACCAGCGCCAACAGCAACAAGCCAUGGUCUACCAGCAGCAGCUUCAACGUCAGCAGCAACAGCAGGUCUACCAACAACAACAAAUGUAUGCCCAGCAACAGCAGCCCAUGUCUCCUCAAGGCAUGGUUCCCCAAGGCAUGUACACCCAGAGCAACAUGUCUGUUGGCCAAAUGAGCCAGAUGGGACAGAUGGGUCAGAUGGGCCAGAUGGGCCAAAUGGGCCAAAUGGGCCAAAUGGGCCAGCCGAGGGGACAGCCCAACGGAUACGCAACCGGGCCUGCGCAGAACUUUGGCUAUGCUCAGGGCAGCAGCUACGGCCCCGCGAGUAACUACGGCGGCGGCGCGGCCAGCACUUACGGAGGUGCAGUCAGCAACUUUGGCGGCCAAGGAGGCGGAUACAGCCAGGGAGGCUCUUAUGCCAACCCGAUGGCCAUGCGCCAGGGUCGCCAAUCACCCGGACCUCAGAUGAUGGAUCCCCGAUUCAUGCAGCAACAACAGCAGCAGCAGGGCCAGUACUCCCCGGGCCCUCGUCAGGGUGGACGUGGACAAGCCUACCCGGCGACAUACCAGGGACAGGCGUUUUAG